AUGGCCAGCAAGACGUCCGCAGUGUCGGACGAGCCAAUUGAUGUUCUGUUCGCACUGCAAUCCGGCUUCAAUCUCUUGGACUUUGCCGGUCCCCUCGAGGUCUUGACCACUGCGCAGCACGACUUCAAUGAUGCUUCCACUAAGGCUUUUGAAGUCACCAUCGCGGGCGGCGAGCCCAAGGUCCUCUCGGAGCAGGGCGUCAUCAUUGGCUCCCAGGUCUCCUGGAAAGAGGCACAUGAGCGCCUCUCUGACUUUGACGUCCUCGUCAUCGUCGGCGGCAGCUCGGACAAGGUCCUCAAGGACAAGGCCGAGCCCCUCGACCUCAUCGCCGCCUUCUCCGAGAUCCAGAAACAGGACCCCAGCCGUGAGCGCACAAUCUUGUCUGUCUGCACUGGCUCCCUCUUCCUGGCGGAAAAGGGCAUCCUCGCCGGCUUGUCUGCCACGACCCAUCCCGACUACCUUACCAAGUUCGAGAAUGUGUGCAGCCAGGCGGCUACCCGAGACCUCUCUGAGCGCACCGACGUGGUCGACGACGCCCGCUACGUAGUCAACAACCUGCGAUUCGACAUUGGUGAUGAGGACGAGAACCCGUACAUCCGACGCAAGUCUGAUGCCGGCCGCCGUCCUUCAAAUGCCCGAAAGGGCUCCAUGUCGUGGAAGGGAUCUAACACGCGUCGUGAAUCAAUUGCCCGCCGCGCCGCGAUGCGGCUCGGUGGUCUUCGUGUGAUCACGGCCGGGGGAGUGGCCGCUGGCCUGGAUGCUGCUCUGUAUCUGGUCAGCGUUAUGGUUGCAGAGGACACUGCCAACGAGGUUGCCAGAAUCAUGCAGAUUACCUGGACCAAGGGCAUUGUCGUUGACGGUCUUGAUGUUUAG